GGUCUCUUGCACAUGACGUCACGGUUACAGCGGGCGCCAUGUUGGGGAGCUAGCCUUUAGCUGCCUAGCCCCCAAGAGAGUCUGGCUGCAUACCUCCCGUGUUUUUUUUUCCUGUCUCCGCUAGUCCUUAAUUAAUUAAAAUGCCGCGUUACUGUUGCGUGAAAGGCUGUUCGAGUAACACAAGACACUUGGGUAUAAAGUUUUUCCGGUUUCCUGUCCAUAGGAAAGAUCGAGGACAGCAAAUGGAGAGUAUAACCAGAAGGCGCAGGUUAGCAUGGGUUGCCGCUGUCAGGCGAAAGAAUAUUACCUUCAAUCACAUAUCAGAGGGGAUGCGAGUAUGUUCCCUUCAUUUCCAUAAAGGACAACCAGCGUAUGAGAUGAUGGAGAGUGAUGCUGAUUGGGCUCCAUCGCUGCGUCUGGGACACACUGACAUCAAACCAACUGACUGUGCACGCUGUGAAAGACGAUGCAACCGUGAGCAGCUAAGAAACAACAUGCAGCAGGAGACCAUGCCUCAGCAGGAUGAACUUUGUGACCAUCAUGUCCUGGACAAUGCUGAGGUGCAUGCUGAUGGGACUGAAGAAUCCAUUACAGAUCAGACUGGUGAAGCACAAUCGCAUCCUGAACAGGAGAGUGAUACAUCGCAAUGCAGUGGCUGCAUCACGAAGAGUGGUGAAAUUAAUAGACUUCGAGAAGAAAAUCAAAAACUGAGGCAGCAACUUAAUAGGGUCAAGUUCAGCGAUGGAUUUUUUUCUGAAAAUGACACUGAUAAAGUAAGGCACUACACAGGACUGCCUAAUUAUCAAACAUACAUGGAAGUGCUGUCCUUUUUUAUGUCUGUCACCUCCUACAAAAAGACUCUGCUUACACCGUUCCAAAUGCUUCUUCUAACACUCAUGCGGCUGCGACUAGAUGUAUCUGUUUAUGUUCUUUCUGACCUGUUCCUUGUUUCAACAAGUACUGUGUAUAGAGUUUUCAAUGAUACUGUAUCACAUUUAUAUUCAUUCUUACGACAUUCUAUUAUAUGGCCAGACAGAGACACUUUGCGGAAAGUUAUGCCACAUCAGUUUGUUCAAUCGUUUGGCAACAGAGUUGCUGUUAUUAUUGAUUGCUUUGAAAUUUUCACUGAGAGACCUUCCAAUGUAAAAGCAUGUGCCCAGAUGUUUUCAAGUUACAAACACAACCACACCAUGAAGUAUCUUAUAGGAAUUACACCUAAAGGAGCCAUAUGUUUUUUGUCCAAAGGAUGGGGGGGCCGUACAAGUGACAAGCAUAUUACCCUGAAUAGUGGAUUUCUAAACAAACUGAUGCCAGGGGACAUUGUUUUGGCUGACAGAGGGUUUGACAUUCAGGAAAAUGUUGGAAUGUUGUGUGCAGAGGUUAAAGUCCCAGCUUUCACAAAAGGCAUGUCUCAGUUGGAUGCUAAAGACGUGGAGGAAACCAGGAAAAUAGCGCACCUUCGAAUCCAUGUUGAACGAGUGAUUGGAAAUGUGAACCAGAAGUAUAAGCUGUUGGCGGGAACAAUCCCAAUUUCGCUCAUACUGCCAUGUGAGGGCGAAGAUGUCACACUUUUGGAUAAGGUGGUUACAGUGUGUUGUGCUUUAACAAAUCUUUGCCCAACUGUUUGUAAGUAGUAUGUCA